AUGGCAUCAAAAAGUUGGAUAAUGAUGUUAGGAGGUUGGUUACUUGUUCUCCUAGGGUUUCAUCUUAUUGCUGUCCAAACACAUGCUAGACCUAUUCCUCCAUCUGGAUCGAAUCCGACUACGUCCGACCCCCCUCCUCCACCACCAUCAAAUUUCAUUUUCAAAAUGUAUCCAAAAGGCAUUGUUCCACCAUCUGGGCCAAGUCAAAGAACAUCAGACUCUUCUCCACCCCCUCCAUUCAAUAUCUUACAAAACAAGUUUGAUUUUGGAAUGUAUCCAAAAGGCAUUGUUCCACCAUCUGGACCAAGCCAAAGGACAUCCGACUCUUCUCCCCCGCCUCCAUCCAAUUUCUUUGAGGAGAGGUUUGGACGCGUACCUGUUCCACCUUCAGGACCAAACCCAACCACAUCUGACUCUCCUCCUCCGCCUCCAUCUCACUAG